AUGCGUUUUGAUCCGGUUGAUCGUUGUUUAGAUGUUGCCGUGGGCAGGAAUAUUCAUGGUCAGUUUGAACCGGCUAAGGAGGUUAGUCAUAGCUAUUUUCAACCCGUGUAGUCAAACCUCCAGCUGACAUACUUGUGUGAGAUUGUGGUUACAUAUACAGUUGAAACAAACAUGCAAUACAAAGCCAUUUAAACGACAUUUAAAAUUAUUUACUACCCGGACUGAGUCAAGUUUCAGUCUGGGUCAAGCCGGGCAGGAAUUUCAGCCCAGAAUAUUUUAAAAUAACAGUUCACAGUUGUUAACUGUCAAACCCUACUGCAUGUAGGUCUGGUUUCAUUCGGUGUCGAGAUUUUCCGAUGCGAGAACGCGGUUUUUAACCAAGAGGGGAACGCGUUUUCAAGUUUCCUCUGGAAUGCGUUCCGAGCGCAAAUGAAACGCGCCGAACGCAGUGUUAGGUAAAUGUUAUUUCCGACCAGCACUGCAUUAUGCAAUUAUUUACUUUUUGACGAACGGCGAAGUCAUGUGUGUCUUGAAAUUAUGAUUUUCUGAUUUUAAUCGAGCACCUGGCCAUGAAAAAUAUUAUUAUUAUUAUUAUUAUUUAUUAUUAUUAUUAUUAUUAUUAUUAUUAUUGAGACAGCUAGGUAAAAAUUUUAACCAAGUUAAAUUUAUAAAUCUCUCCAUCAGCUCUUUAGGUAUUUUUGCAGAAGAAUGUUAUACAUUUUUAGACAUGUUAGAAAGCAUUGGUCUUGACAAAAACCACCAAAUGUACUGCGUUAGGAAAAUGAUGACUAUUGCUAUUAGAACUACAUAUUACAUUUUUUGCUGCCGAAUAAGGAAUGGGAAAAUCCGGAUUUACUAACAAUUUGACUUAUCUCUUUGUAUAUAUAUAUUGCAUGAACUUUGUUCUGUUAUUUUAGUUUAGUAUAAUUGUGAUUCAAAUAGCCAACCGUAAGUUACCUUUAUGAGAGAGAUUUACGAUUGUAUAUGUAUGUAAAGAAAAACAUUUAAUAAAGUUUCCAUUAUUAUUAUCAUAGACAGUGACCAGCGAGGUGGGCAGUUCACGUUCACGGCGCUCCCGUACUUUUUGAAUAGUUCAUGUAGUUUAACUGCACUAACAUUAGUUUUGAGCUUUUGGAACUUCACCUUGAUCCAAGAUCACUUCACCAAAAUCAAUAAUGGCGGACGGUCACGAUUUGUUGAUUUCACCAAAAUAUAAAAAAUUGUCGUUCGAAAGCAUUGAUAUCAAUUCGAUCAAUUUGCUAAACGAUAUGUGAGUAUUGUGGAAAGGAUUUCAAAUCGCUGGGCAGACAUCAAUGGCGUUGCAAAUCACGAACUGGUGUCGGAAACUCACCUAACACGGAGAGAGCGUCUUCUUCAACAUCUGCGGAUAAUAAUACAUGUACGGUAGGGUCGACUAAUGUCGCAGGAGAAAGUUUUAUGUGUUAUUGUGGGCGUACAUUUAAUAGUUAUCGUUCACUAAAUUUACAUCGCCGAUCGCGCUUUAUACAGAAUAACCCGUGCUUUGCUGAACUGUUUGCUCAACAAGAUGAUAGCAUUACUAUUGCAAAUAAUAAUGAAAGCAUGACCGAAGUUCUGUUUCCGACCGAUAAGUUUAAAGUGCUAUCAGGAGUAAAACUUCCUCGAUCGGAUCUUUGUUGGAAAGCAGCUAACGAGUUUUUUCAGUCGCAAUUCAGUGUCAGACCAGAGCUGGGAGACUUGGAUUCGGAAAUUGUAUUCAUGAAUAACGUUAUCUGGUCUUACUUUAAAGAUACAUGUGGUUUGGUAAAGUCGGCUAAUAAAUUUGAACACUACAGAAGUAUGUCAAAAUCAAAGUUAAAAAAAUGCUUAAAAGAUUUAAAAUCGAACGGAGGCAGCUUGGUGGAAAUAAAAUUCGUCAGUAAGUUAUUGCGAAAAAGAAUGCAGUCAAGCGUUAAUGACCAGCGGAAUUAUGAAAAUGAAUUAAAUGAGAACUUUUGGAAGUUUUGUAAAAAUGAAUUUGAAAAGACCGAAGAGCUAGAACCAAGCUUGAGCGAACAGUCGUGUUUCGACUAUUUUAAGAACUUAUUUAAGGAGAAAAGUAAAAGUCGUUUGUUUAAUUGGCCGUCCUGGUUGAGUUCAUUUCCAUCCGCAAGUAAAGAUUUCGACUUAGAAUGUCCUAC